AACAGCAGCAGCAGGAUGCCAGCCCCGACGGCGGUGGCGGCUCUGGGCACCCUCUGCCUCCUGGCCUCAGCCCCGAUCCUCCUCCUCCUCUUCCUCCCGGCCGCCCAAGGCUCAGACCCUCCGGGGGCACCCCAAGCUCUGCCCCCCCGACGGCCCCCCGAGAAGCAGAGGAGGGAAGGAGCCAACGAGGAGGACCAGCCCCAAGGCAGCCAGACCCAACACCUGUGGUGAGAACUGCUGUCCUGGCUGGUCCCUUGGUCCCAAGACUGGGAAGUGCACCAAAGCUAUCUGCACCCCUCGAUGCCGGCAUGGGGGCCAAUGCAAAGCCCCCCAGCAGUGUACCUGCCGCCCAGGAUUCACGGGGCCCCGCUGUGAAUUCACCGCUGCCACCACCACAUUGACCCCACAGUUCACCAAGCCACCUCUGCAUUCUGCGGCUGUGCGUUGGCAGCCUCUGACACUGACGGAGCUCCAGAUUGUGCUGAAGAGGCGAAAGGCUUUGGACCCCUCUGAGAAGAUGGCUGUGAUCCUGGCCCAGCACCUGGCCUCCCACCCUGAUGGUGGCCGCAAUGACCCUCCUGGACAUGCUGCCCGAGCAACUCGAAGGCCCCACGUCCUGUGUCCCCUCAUCUGCCAAAAUGGGGGAGUCUGCCUCAAGAAGGACAAGUGUCUCUGCCCCCCCAACUGGACCGGCAAGUUCUGUCACAUCCCAGCCCUUCCGCAUUCCCACGGCCAGGCCCCCAUGCGCCGAGAGACUGACACACAGUCGGAUGGGAGAGCACAGUCGGUCACCAAGUCUGUGCACACCCUCCCCAUCGCCAACCACCGCCAAGAACGUGAUGGUGUGGCAUCAAUGGUGAACGUCCAUGUAGAACAUCCCCCUGAGGCCUCUGUCACCAUCCACCAAGUGGAGCGGGUCAAUGAGGAGCCACCAGGGGACAACAAUGCCCUCCCAAUUUCCCGCCCAGCCCUCUACAGCAUCCUGGCCCAGAGCAGCCCUCGGGACCCUGGCGGCGGCUACGGCGAGAACUCCGGCUUUGGCUACUGCUUCAGGCAGCUCAGUGGCGGAGAGUGUAGUGCUCCCCUGCCUGGCUUGCGAACCCGUGAGAUCUGCUGCCGUGGGGCUGGUCUUGCCUGGGGUGUCCAUGACUGUCUGCCCUGCAACAAUGGUGGCCUAGGAGACACUAGUCCAGUGGGAAGGAAUGAGGUGGCCUGCCCCAAAGGGUUCCGACGAUUGAACGGUUCCUGCAUUGAUGUGGAUGAGUGCCAGGAGGGCAACUUCUGCCAGAAUGGCGAGUGUACCAACACACGUGGCAGCUUUGCCUGCGUUUGCCACGAGGGCUACAUCCUUGACUCAUCCCGCAGCAGCUGCAUCUCCCAUCAUGUCAUCUCUGAGGCCAAGGGUCCCUGCUUCCGGGUGCUGCGAGAUGGCGGGUGCUCCCUGCCCAUUCUGCGCAACAUCACCAAACAAAUCUGUUGCUGCAGCAGGGUGGGCAAGGCCUGGGGACAUGGCUGUGAACGCUGCCCAGCUUUUGGCUCAGAUGGAUUCAAGGAGAUCUGCCCAGCUGGCCCUGGCUACCACUAUUCAGCCUCUGACCUCCGCUAUGACACUCGCUUCCUUGGCCAAGAUCUGCCCCGGGUGCCAAUCAGCCGCCAGCAACCAGGACGGGAACCUGCUCCCCGGCCUCCGCGGACAACAGUGGCACCAGCUAUCAUCCGCUGGACCCCACCACCCACUUCCCUGCUGGGACGUCAACCUCCCUGGCUGGUGCCCACUGUACCACCUGGACCUCCCGAGCCUUCUCUGCCAGAGGUUGGCCAAGGUGUGUGUGAGCGGCGCCCCCAGGUGUGUGGGCCAGGACGUUGCAUCCCUCGCCAGGGUGGCUACACCUGUGUCUGUGAGCGUGGCUAUUGGCUGAGCCCUCAAGGCACCCACUGUGUCGAUGUGGAUGAAUGCCGACGCAGCCCUCGCCCUUGUGCUGGUGGGCGCUGUGAGAAUUCAGUGGGCAGCUUCAGCUGCAGGUGCCGGGCUGGCUACCAGGCUGACCUAUCUGGAGCAGAGUGUCAAGACAUUGAUGAGUGUGCCAAAACACCACCACCCUGUGCCAACGGACAGUGUUACAACACACCAGGCUCCUUCCGAUGCUCCUGCCCCAGUGGCUAUCAACUUGAUCCAGUAGGCUUUGAAUGCCAAGAUGUUGAUGAGUGCUCCCAAAUUCCCCUGCCAUGUGCCCGUGGGCGCUGCCAAAAUACACCAGGUUCUUACCGUUGUGCCUGCCCCUCUGGCUACCAGCCUGGCCCCACUGGCACAGAGUGUCUGGAUGUGGAUGAAUGUCGGGAGAGUCCUCCAAUCUGCCAGCCAGGCCGUUGUGAGAAUGUUCCAGGCGGGUACCGCUGCACUUGCCCAAUUGGCUAUCAGCCCAGUCCACAAGCAACACAGUGCAUUGAUGUGGAUGAAUGCCAGCAAACCCCUCCGCCAUGUGGCUCUGGACGCUGUGAGAAUGUGCCCGGCGGCUAUCGCUGCCUCUGCCCCGCUGGAUUCCGGGCCAGUCUCACUGAGAACCAGUGCUUGGAUAUUGAUGAGUGUUCGACAGGGUCACCCUGCGGCCCCCAGGGACGGUGCUUCAACACAGAGGGCUCAUUCCGCUGCCAGUGCAACCGGGGCUAUCGGACAGAGGGUACAGGGGCAUCUUGUGUGGAUAUUAAUGAGUGCCUGGAGGGAGACUUUUGCUUCCCGCGGGGAGAAUGUCUCAACACGGAUGGCUCCUACACCUGCCUGUGUGCCCAGGGAUUCACCACUGCUCCCAAUGGAGCCUCCUGUGUGGACAUUGAUGAAUGCCAGAGUGGCACUGCAUGUGCCGGUGGCCAUUGUGCCAACACAGAGGGCUCUUUCGAUUGCUACUGCCCACCUGGUACCCGCAGCAGCCCCAACAAAGCUUCCUGUGAAGAUAUCGAUGAGUGCCAGGAGUAUGGGGCAGCACUCUGUGGGUCACAGCGCUGUGAGAACUCUGCUGGCUCUUAUCGCUGUGUUGCCCAUUGCCAGGCAGGCUACCGAACCAGUGCUACAGGAGAUUGUGUUGACAUCAAUGAAUGCCAGGAGUAUGGGACCAGCUUGUGUGGGGAAAAGCGUUGUGAGAACACUCUGGGUUCUUACCAUUGUGUGGCCAGCUGCCAGACUGGGUACCAAGCCACAGCUGCUGGGGACUGCCUGGAUGUGGACGAGUGCAGGAACAGCUCACUGUGUGGUGCCCAUGCUGUGUGCCACAACCUGCCAGGAUCCUUCCAGUGCAUCUGUGACCAAGGUUAUGAGAGCGCUAGGGAUGGGCGGCACUGCCUAGACGUGAAUGAAUGUGAGACACUGCAAGGGGUGUGUGGAGCUGCACCAUGUGAGAAUGUGGAAGGCUCCUUCCUUUGCAUUUGUCCAAGGGCUGGUGAAGAGUUUGACCCCAUGACUGGACGCUGCAUUGCUCUGCCGGGUGCUGCACGUCCUCCAGCCAUACCCAGGCGGCCAGAGGUUUCACGGCCAGAAUCCCGGCCUUCUGGGACCGGUGACAGCCUUCGCCGUGAGUGCUACUAUGACCCCAACGCAGCACAAGCCUGUGAAAACGUAUUGUCCUGGAACGCGACGCGCCAAGAGUGUUGCUGCAGCCUUGGCCAUGGCUGGGGCAUUGACUGCCACAUCCAGGUGUGCCCCUCCCCAGGGACAGUGGAAUACCAGGCCUUGUGCCCACAUGGCAAUGGCUAUGCUGCCUCCAUCGCUGGAAGUGUCUCGCCCGUUGCAGAUGUGGAUGAGUGCUCUCUCUUCAGCACUCAGGUGUGCAAAGGUGGGGUCUGUGUGAACAAGAGCCCUGGCUAUACUUGCUACUGUCCCAAUGGCUACUACUAUGAGACACAACACCUGGAAUGCAUUGAUAAUGAUGAGUGCCUCGAUGAGGAGACGGAGCCCUGUGUGGGAGGACGUUGCAUCAACACCAUUGGUUCCUAUUACUGCUCUUGUGCUGCUCCACUGGUUCUUGAUGCCUCCCAACACCGUUGUGUCACCAACGAUAGCCAAAGCUUGGAUGACAACCUGGCUGUGUGCUGGCAGGAAGUGGGGCCUGACCUGGUGUGCAGCCGACCCCGUUUGGACCGCCAAGUUACCUACACAGAGUGUUGCUGCCUUUAUGGGGAAGCAUGGAGCAUGGACUGCGCCUUAUGUCCAGCUCGCGACUCAGAUGACUUUGAAGCUUUGUGCAAUGUCCUCCGACCCCCCAGCUAUGGGCCUGUGCGCUCGGGAAGUCUGGGACUGCCUUUCGAGUAUGGUGGUGGCGAGUUCUUGCCCUACGGCCCGGAGAUCUUUGCUCCUCCACCCCGCCCUCCUCCCCGACUUCCUGACUAUGACCCUUUCCCCCGGGACUCUCUCUACGGCCCCUCACCCUAUGAGGCCACAGACUUUGAAGACCUUCCCUACAGCGAUCCACGCCAAGAGGGCCCUCCUGAGCACAUCCGAGGGGGAUAUCGGCCCCGUAGCCCCCCUGAGCCGGAAUGGGACUAUCCCCCGCGUAGCGGUGGGAGUUCCUACCCUGAACGGCCAGGUCGGGCCAGCGAAGAUUAUGGCCGCUAUGAAAGCUUUGGAGGUCUUGAGUCCGAGGAGUGUGGGAUCCUGAGCGGCUGUGAGAAUGGCCAGUGUGUUCGCAUGGCAGAUGGCUUCACCUGUGAUUGCCAUGAGGGUUACCGCCUGGACCCAACUCGUAUGACCUGCAUGGAUAUUGACGAAUGCAGUGAGACAGAGGGGCUCUGCCCAGGCGGCCGCUGCCUCAACAUGGACGGCUCCUACCGCUGUUUGUGCCCGGUUGGUACUGUGCCCACUGGCCAGCCUCCCCGCUGCGUCCCUGCCUCCCGCAGUCGUGCCUGAGCUGAGCUGCAAAGGGUGGCCCAAUAUUUAUUACUUGUAUAGAUUGGGGAUUGGGGGAGGGAAGGGAGGGUCUCUUAGGAAAGAGGGAAAUGUUGGCAAUUUCUCCUCUCUCCCCUUCGGUGAAUAGAGGAGGCCCCUCUGAGCUGCCACAGGAAGCAAAGAGCUGCCAUGCUUGCCUGGGAGGCAGUUAAGAGAAGCACUUACAUGGAAAAAAUGAGCGUACCUCAUCUGCAAGGCAGUGGCUCAAGGGAGUCAGGGGAAAGAGGAGGAUGCUCAGUCUGACCUGAUCCUAAUUCAUACAGCCAGUAGAAUGGGGAGAAAGCAGAAGAGGUGGGAAAUAAUGGGAAAAUGUGAUAAAGCCCAUCAUCCUCAGUUGAAGUUGCCAACAAAAUGGAAGUUCCAGAGGGGGCAUCCCUCAAACCGAACUCCUCCCCUCCCCAGGGACUUGUAUUUACAGUAUUAAACCAAAGCUGCCUUGCCAUUCUGCACUUGGGCGUUAAGCCCACAUAUAUAACUUUUGGGAUGUUUUGGAAGGAGAUAUUCAGAGCCUUUUUCUACAAUGGCCCCCGAUCCCCAUGCAAGACAAGUUCUUACUGCCAGCAUGUGCCCCUGUGGACAUUUAAUGGCUGGGGAAGGAUAGGUGACACUUGGUAGAGUUUGUCAGCUGUAGUUCCGAAGCCAACCUGGAGAAAGUAGAAUAUAUCACUGUGGGCUGCUUUCACAUUACACAUUUAUAGCACUGUGAUGCCACUUUCAGUGUCAUGGCUACAAAAUUUGGAGGUGGGGUGGUUGUGUGUUGUAGUUUGCAAAUCCCAGGUUUCCAUCGGAUGCAAUUAAAAUAGAAUCACAGAGCUAUAACAAGUGUCACGUGAAAGGGCCCCUGACAGACGAUGGCACCUGGAGGGAAAUAUCUGAGUCCCAUUCAUGCUACACAAAUAUAAUGCUGCUCUUCAACUGCCAGCACUAUGUAGUGGUUUGAGUACAGGUACCAAGGUUUGGUUCCCAGCUCCAGCCAUUAAACCAAGUUACAUGCUCUCAGCCUCAGGGAAGGCAAUGGCAAAUCUUCUCUGAACAAAUCUUGCCAAGAAAACCCCAUGAUAGGGUUGCUUUAGAGUCGCCACAAGUUGAAAAUGACUUGAAAGCACAUCACAACCACAACUCAAGUAAGUGCUGUGGCUACAUCCUGUGGAAUCCUGGGGAAUGUAAUUUGGUGGGACACCGGAGCACUCUUAAGAAAUCUAAAUGCUCCUCCCAAAACUGCCACAUCCAGGAUUUCAUGGAUAAGAACCAUAGCAGUUAAGUGGAAUAAUAGCACUAUAAUUGUGUUGUGUGAAUGGGCCCUGCUCUCUUUUCUCAGCUAAAGGCUCUGCUUCCUCUCUUACCCAAUAUGUGGCCAGCAGGAUGCAUGCCGGCCAUUAGAAGAGAAGUCCUACAGAGAUAUGCUAACAUGAGGAAUGUCCCAUGAACACACAGAACAUACAUUUUAUACAGACCAAGUUCAGCAAAUAUAUUUUUAGAAAUACAGUCUGUUUAUAUUUGUGUAUACGUCCAACUCAUGCUCAUAACCUAUGCAUUCCCCCUGCUAUUUUCUCUCUGUUUCCUCCCUUUUCUUUGUAUGCAUACUUUAAAAAUCCAUUUCUUUUAAAAGAAACUGCUCUAUGAGCAUGAUGUGGAAUUCCUGCCAACAUUUCCUUCACUGGAGCCACACUGAUAAGAAGUCUGUACACUUUGAAAACUGUUUCCAGAGUACGCAAAGUUUUUAUCCGUCUGUCCCUGCUAAAGGAAUUCUACAGACUUUCCAAAACCCGUUGUGCAUUUUAACAAAUGCAGGCACUUAGAAGAUUCUUCUCCUUUUGUUUGUAGUCGAAAUAACAGACUACCGUAUUGGGAGAAGGUGGGGAAUCAACUAAGCAGAAACUGGUAUUAGUCCCUUGCCAAGAUGGACUCCCUACAAAGGAGAGGGUAAUGUCCAGUUCCCAGGGAGUCCCCCAAACCUCUUGGCAGUCCCCCCAACAUUUUGGAGAAAACAUAUCUUGAUUUUUGGGCAAUUCACUCCAAAACCACAUACAAAUGUGACAGUUUGUCAUUUUACCUUCCCCAUACUACUCCUCACACAUUUCCCCACCUCUAGAAAGACUUGCCACGAGGCGGCAUGGCUUAGUGGUUUGAGCAUUGGACUAUGGAGACCAGGGUUCAAAUCCCCACUCAGCCAUGGAAACCCAAUGGGAGUCCUUGGGCAAGUCACACAGUCUCAGCCCCAGAAAACCCUGUGAUGAGGUCUCCUUAGGGUCACCAUAUUUUAGUCAUACAGCAACAACAAAGAAAGACUUGAUUGUUGACAACAGGAUUGGCUGCUUCCCAUCUCCAGGCAAUACAGAGGGGGGCACUGCUGCGUCACCAUCACCACUGUUACUGGAACAAUAAACCUUUUUUAU